GAGAGAGUAGGAGGAAUGAAAGAUAACAGUUUGUGUGCACGUCUGCAUCAAAACUAUAUGCACUUCCUCCUGGUGCUGCAUCAGACAAGACCGUUGUGCUCAUCUGGGAACAACAAGGAGACCCAACACAUCUUCACACUGGACUUCACACUGAGCCGAACGCAAAAAACACCAAUGUUUGAACUGAGAAACCCACAAUAUUUCAAAUCUGGACUGGAUAUUUCCCCUGAAUUGGAUUAAACUAAAACAGAAUACAGCCAUUUAGACUUUAUUGACGGUUUUGAACUAGUGACAACAUGUGAAAAACACACCCUCUGAAAGUAGUGUGCUAGAAUACUUGGCCUCACCAUGGCGGCAAAUGGCCUAAGGGGUUCUCCCUCCAUUCCUAAAACCCUCCCACCCAAGAAAAGGAAUUCAAGAGAGAACUUAAACGAGGCUCCAGUUGAGCCGGUUUUCAAGACACCUUCUCCUUUCUGGAAUCAGAAUCAAAACUUCAGGCGAUCUAGGAGGCCACGGGAACCGGCAAGCGCCUCUUACAUCGAUCUUCAUUCCGCAGCAGCAUAUCAUCCGCUGUGGAUUGACGGUGGCUGUGCGUCAAACCAAGUACUUUUACACCCGUUAGGUGACAAUGGUACAUUUUCUUCCUGGGGUCCAUAUUUUGAAAGCAGCGAACAGUUCUUGGGUGUGUCAAACCAUAACAGAAAUAAUCCGACGAGCGUCAAUGAUUUUUACGGAGCAUCUUCCUACUGGAGCUACGCCCCUCUUACAGAGCAAAGAGAUUUGUUAUUUAAGAGCUAUGGAAGGUUCUCCAAUCAGUACAAGCCAAAAAUCAUAAAGCCUGUACCUCGGUCUUUGGCGUCUCAUUACACCAGAAGCCUUCAUAAAGAUGCCCCAAGUGGGCAGUUUGACAUGGGGAGCGCAAGAGAUGCUCAGUGGGAUGAGAGGCUACGGCAUGAGAGCGUUAAAAACGAUAUGAGGAUGAGGAAGAGGAGCUACAUACAAGCAGGUAUAAAACAGAAUUCUGGUCGGUUUGCAGAGACCGGGACAGAUCUUUCCAGACACAAAUAUUAUUCUGUGUUUAAGGACUUAUCACAAGAAAGAGACUCCAAAACAGAGGAUCUAGAGCCCCAGCGGUUUCCUGUUAUUCACCAGUCUUGUUCCAAAAACGAGCAGCUAAAAUCAGGGACUGAGGCGACUAUGAGAGAUGAGCACCCUCUGCUGGCCAGGAGUGAAAAAGCAGAGGCACAGGAACAGCAAGAAAAUGCAUUACCUUCCUCUCAGCUGUGGUCACGCUUUUUUGAGGGAUCUCUGAUCGAGCUCGAUGGGGGUCGGCUUAAGCGUGUGGAGGACUUACAGUUGGAGGACUUCAAGUGCUGUACCGCGUCAUGCCCAGAGUUAAGUCUGACGAGGUUCACUGUGAAGAAGAUCACAAGCUCUGAUAAACCUGGACUGAUCUGUUUGGAAGUAGAGGUCGACGAUAACCUCCAUUCUAAGAUCUCGCUGGAGGUGUGUGAGGAAUACCCGUUCUUUGUGUGCAGUCGUGGCUGGUCUUCUUGCCACCCUGACAGAACUGCUAAUCUCUGCUGCCUGCGCUGCCAACAGCUGCACCUGGGGGACAUGUGCCUGGCACUCACACCUGUACCCGUUUCACCUGCUCAAGCGACUCGCCCUGGCACAGGCGGGGGUGAUGUCGGAUUGCCGAAUUGUGCGGAGGGAGCAAACCCGAGUAAACUGAGAAGGAGACACAGUUCAGCCCCUGAACUCAGAAUCAUACAAUAAAAUUAAACAGGACAACAGAGUUACAAAGUUUAUUUUAUAAUAUACAACUAUAUACACAACCUCUUACACAAUAAAAAAGAUGUUAGGGGCAAAAAAACAUAAAUCAUAUUUUCUAUAGUUCAACUUACUAUUA